AUGGAAUGUGCUGGAUUGAUCCAGUCAAUCUCAGACUUCUAUGACGUAGAGAGCGUGGCGAAAACUCAGUUUGGUGCAAGCUUCUAUCUUGUUAGAGACAGAUCUACUGGCACUUGUUUAAAAUUGAUCUCUAUUGAAUUUACGGAUAGCUGGAUCCGGAGACAGGCUAGUAAGGAGGCCUCUCUCGAUUAUUGCUCAUCCCUCACUAAUCCUGGCCUAGCAAAAUAUCAAGGGUGGGUCAAAGAACAAUCGUCACAGGUCUUGUAUGUAAAGGUCGUGUAUCCUAGCAGUCCAACAAUAUUAACACUUUUAGCUCGCAAUCAUGCCUUUUUAGAAGAUGCUAUUUGGGAUAUUGCCACAAAUCUGGUGGAGCUUCUCGUCUAUUUACACAAGCAUCACUUGCUAGCUUGGUCUGGCUUGUCGCCCUCUUUUGUGCAUUUGACCACUCAAAACGAACCUAUCUUAGAUAACUAUUUCGCUUCUUUUCGUUUUAGAACGCUUCUAUCAAAGGUUGUCGAUCCAUUUUUGGCUCCAGAAAUUUCAAGCAUGUACUUAUCAACCUCUGAGAAGAUAUCGGACGCUACCUAUCUGGACAAGGAGUGUGCCAUAUCGGCUGAAGCUGAUGCGCAGUUUGGCACCAAUGGAACAUCAAAUCGAAGCACAUGUACGAAGAACCCCCUUGCUUUAAAUAUUAACUCUAUUGAUACUAGCUCCUUCGCCAAUUGUGAUAAUCUCUCAACCCCUCGCAAUGAUAGAAAUGAUUUUACAAUAGAGCAGGGCCUGGGAGUUUUUAAGUCAUCUGUCACACCUUGCUUAAUUCACCGACUAUCACCCUCACAUGCAUCCUCGGCCCGUCAAGGUGAUGCUCCUCCGCCAUCUUCAUAUUCUAAGGAGGGAUCUGAAGAAAUACAAAGGGUGCAGCAUAUGAUAGAACUAGCAGGUCUCUCGCCGUCCAAGCAGUUUAAGGCUGAUGUUUGGGCCAUGGGAGCUCUCCUGUUGUGUCUCUGCCUUGGUCGGCCACUGAAUCAUAGGGACGAUUGUGUGCACCUGGCAACUGAUCUUCGCAAAAACUCCAAGCUAGGGUCAUGCUUAUACUCUUACUCGUUGUGCUCAUUCAUCUGUAGCUGCUUACAGCCAGACCCUGUGAAGCGACCAGCUCUAUCUAUACUCAAGGAGCGAAUACAAAUCCAUAUGGCGCCCCGUCUAUCUUUACCCGAAUCCUUACGGGGAAGCUUCUGCUGUCACAUGAGCGAAUCAACGAGCUGCACAAACCAGCUUAUUCUAACCACUCCCCGAGGGUGCAUCCCCAGUAGUAACAAGUUUCAACAAAGGCAGCAGCUGAACUCUGAGCAGACUGAUAACCCGCUGAUAAAGGCAGCAGAAAUUGGAAACUACGAUGCAGUGAAGCAGAAUAUAGGAUAUCUUGGUAAAACAGGGUCAGGAGGCCGGACAGCUCUGAUGUUUGCUGCGGGGAAUGGCCACACAAAGUGCAUCAAGUCACUGAUUAAAGAAUCUCGUAUGAAAGAUCAGCAAGGGCUCACGGCCCUUAUGUAUGCUGUCAAGAAUAGGUACAAAGACGCUAUUCUCUCACUGGCCAAGGACGAGGCUGGGAUGCAAGACGAUCAGGGGUUUACUGCGCUGAUGUACGCUGCUAUAGACAAUAACAGUGAGAUUGUAUCCAUUCUCAUGAAGAAAGCAGCAGGUAAAGAGCUCAAGAAGCAAAAUCUCAAGGGGGAAACGGCAUUGAUGAUGGCGACCCAGUAUUGGAACAAUGAAGUAGCAGAUUACCUUGUCAAGGAAGCAAAACUUAUUAAUGUGGACGGUAGCACAGCGUUGAUGUAUGCAGCUAGAAAUGGAAAUGUGAACUAUGUCAAGCUUCUAGCACCAAAGGAGGCAGGCAUGAAAGCAUUGAACGGGGACCGCGCGCUAGAGCUGGCGCUCAUUAACUCCCAUGCAGACUGUGCAGACAUUCUUUCUCGCUAUGAACUAAAGCUGCAUGCAGGAGAAACUCCGUUGCUUUAUGCAUUGAAGUCUGGUGACAAGCGCUUAGCGACAAUCAGCACUCCGGUGUAUUCACAAAGCCACGAGCUUUCUAACACCAGUCAUCUUUCCUAUGCCAUAAAGAGCAACAAUGCUCAAGCUGUCAAGGAGCUACUUUCGUUUGAACUGCCGUUCGUGCACCAGCCAGAUGGAAGCUGCUUGGACUUAGCCAUCAGAAGCGGCAGCUUUCAAAUACUAAGCAUUAUCUAUUCGUAUGCUCUGGAACACUCUCUGGGGAUUUGUGUUUCCCGGCGACUCGGGACUUCUAUCACAAAAUUGAUGAAGUGUGCGAUAAGUAAUGACGUAGCGGAGAUAUCGAACUAUCUUUUUCAGUUGGGGCUAACUGACGUACACGGAAACACAGCGUUAAUGUAUGCUGUUCGGCACAGAAACCGUGAUGCCACAGCUGCAUUGGUAUGCGAGGCAACCAUCCAAAAUCUAACUGGAUGGUCGCCGCUGAUGGUCGCUGCUGCGAAUGGUGAUGCGGACUUGGUUCAUGAGCUUGUUGAGCACUCUUAUGGGCUUUUAACAAGAAGAAAAGAGACAGCCCUGAUGGUAGCCGUCAAAGGAGGGUCUCUUCCUUGUGUGAGGCUACUAGCAAAAGCAGAGGCAAAAAAGCAAGACAUUAAUGGGACAACUGCUCUCAUGUUGGCAGUUAUUCUUAGAAAUCAUCCGAUUGCAGAAGUGUUGAUGCCCUUUGAGGCAGGGAUGCAAGACGUCAAUGGGAUGACUACCCUGAUGAUAGCAGCACAAUUGGGAGAUGUGGACAUGGUGCGCCUCCUUGCUAAUCACGAAGCCACGCUGCAGACUAACUCUAGCUGUAUUGAUGGCGCUGGCUGGACUGCCAUGAUGUAUGCGGCACGUGAAGGCCACUGUGAGGUUGUUGCUAUCCUCGCAGCUCAUGAGGGUAGCAUGCAACUGGUGACAGGACGGACUGCCCUUAUGAUUUCAGCGUAUGCACACAAUGAUUCCUGUGUGGAGCUACUCUGUACCAUAGAAAGGGAGGCGCAGGAUGAAAAUGGCUUUACAGCUCUUAUGUAUGCAAUUAACUCAAAGUAUGACAGCUCCGAUUUUAUGACUAGGAUGCAAGUUCAGCGAUGUAUUCAGCUGCUGCUACACGAGGCCUAUCUUUCUGAUUAUGGUGACACGACUCCCUUAUCCUUGGCUGCAAGUGUUGGUAAUUUGGAUGUGAUAAAGCUUGCCACCUCGAAUCUCAUCUUGCGUAAGCAACUUGUCAAAGUUGACUCUCAAGGCAUGACAGCGCUUAUGCACGCAGCCCUUCAAGGGCAUGCUGAUUGCGUGAAGGAGUUACUGAAAUACGACAAAGCUACACUAGAUAAUAUAGUCAUCCAUCUAUCUCGGGAACGAGAUGCUAAUGGCAUGACUGCUCUCAUGUAUGCCUCCUGUAACAAUAGAGCCUCAUGCGUUGACAUCCUCCUUCCGUUAGAGUGCAACAUGACAUCCAAUGAUGGAAGCACUGCGUUGAUGCUCGCUGCACAGGAGGGGUACAUCAACAUAGUUAAGAAGAUAGUCACUGGAAGCAGCGAGCUCGGUAUGGCUAAUCAUAAUAGAUUGACUGCACUUGCAGCAGCAGCAUCAGGAGGGUAUACUGAGUGCGUGAGAUUUUUGCACAGCUCUUGCCUUGACCGAGGACUUUCUCUGACGACACAGGGCUUUACCAAUUUGAUGCUGGCCGCUUCUCUUAACGAUCUAGAUGCAGUCCGAAUGGGAAUCGAUGAAGGAGAUGCACGGAAGACCAGUCCCAUUGGAUUUACAGCCCUUAUGUAUGCAGCUAUCAAUAAUUCUAUUGAAUCUGUGCUACUUCUUGCGUCCUAUGAAAAUAAGAUGACAACGGAGUCUGGCAUAACUGCACUCAUGCUAGCUUCUAAAAUGGGUCACGUAAAGUGUGUCAAAGCCCUGAUCCACGAAGAGGUAGGAAUGCAAACCGUUCAAGGCUGGUCUGCACUGAUGUUUGCAGCUUUCUCAAACAAGCCAGACUGUGUAGAGCUUCUACUUAAGACUGAGUUUACAUUGAAGAAUGAGGAUGGUAACACGGCUCUUGACUUAAGUAGAAUUUAUAAGGCUAAAGCAGCUAAUGAAAUCCUUCAUUCUUAUCACGCAUCACUCCGUCUUUUGUAG